CUCACGCUAUAGUUGCCACAUUUGAGUUUAAAUAUGAGGGCGAAGAAGGAGGGGGGCACGGCAAAUUAUUCUAUGACAUAUGUAAAGAAAUAGAAGUAAUGAUUAGAGAAGACCCGAAAUUUGAAGAAUUUGAAAAAUGA